AUGACUGUUACUACUAGUGGAAAGUCGCUGGACAUCAACUACGAUGAAGACAAGAAGGUGCAAUCUUUGAAUGAGGUUGUUGCUAUCGAAUCUACUCAUAGUGGAGUCGAUGAAAUCUUUGGUGAAGAAAAGAGACUCAACAGAGGAUUAAAACAAAGACACAUCCAAAUGCUUGCUCUUGUGGGUGUCUUUGGUACCGGUCUUUUCUUGUCCAGUGGUUCAACCUUAUACUUGACAGGAAAUGUUGGAAUGUUGAUUUCCUACCUUUUCGUGGGAACUUUGGUGGGUUUGAACCAGUUGGCUAAUAUUGAGCUUUCCUGUUUUGUUCCCCUCACAAGUGCUACUGUGAGACAAACUGAACAUUUUGUUGAUGAGUCCUAUGGUUUUGCUUUGGGAUGGAUCCAAGUUUAUUCUGGCUUGAUGCCAGGUGAACUUGCUGCUACCGCAGUUGUGAUGCACUAUUGGAGUGAUUUGAACCCUGCGGUAUGGUUGUCUGUCUUCCUUGUUAUUAUUGUUGCCUUGAACUCCUACAGUAUUCGCUUUUAUGGAGAAGUUGAAUUCGCCUUUGGAUGUUUGAAAAUAUUGUUGAUCGCUGGCUUGAUCAUUUUGAGUAUUGUUAUCGACUUGGGAGGAGUUCCUCACAUUGACAGAAUCGGCUUUAGAUAUUGGAAGGAUUCUCCUUUCAAACCCAAGUACAAACUUGGAUCUGCUGGUAAGUUUUUGGCUUGGUGGAAGGCUUCGGGUUCGACAAUUUAUGCCUUUGGAGGUAUUUCUUCUAUUUCCUUCUUUGGAGGAGAAACCAGAAAUCCAAGAAGAGCCAUCUACAUUGCUGGUAAGAGAAUUUUUUAUCGUGUCUUCCUGUUGUACAUUUUGACUGUGUUUGGAUUGACUUUGAUCUUGUCAGCCAAUGACUCUGCAAUUGCUUCUCCAACCGGUGAUGCCACGGGUUCACCCUUCGUCAUUGCAAUCAAAAGAGCAGGAAUCAAAGGUCUCCCAAGUGUUGUUAACGCAUUGGUGUUGAGUUCCGCAUUUUCUGCUGCUAACCUUGCAUUGGUUCAAACAUCUAGAAACUUAUUUGCUCUUGCUUCUAAGGGCCAGGCUCCAAGAAUUUUCCUCAAGACCAAUAGCAGAGGUUUGCCAUAUUAUGGAGUCAUUUUGGCAGGAUUAUUUAUGCCUUUGUCCUACAUGAGUGUGAGUUCGGGAUCCGCCACGGUUUUCGGUUGGUUCCAGUCUUUAACCUCUUCGAAUUUAUUGCUUGGAUGGAUCUCUAUAUCCCUUGCACAUAUCGGUUUGCAGCGUGCCUUGAAAGCCCAAGGCUACACCCGUGACGACUUGCCAUAUAAGAUGCCAUUUGCUCAUGUUGGUGCAUACAUCCUGUUGUUCUUCUUCGUUAUCUUGUUGCUCACCGGCGGAUUCCCCAACUUCAUGAAAGGAAGGUUUGAGAUCUCCAGUUUCUUUAGCAGUUACUUCUCUAUUGCUUACUUUGCUGUCUUUUAUACUUUCUGGAAAGUCUGGAAGAGAACAAAGUUCAUCGCUCCAGCGGAUGUUGAUCUCCAGUCGUUAUUUCUCAAAGUCGAAGAGACUCCAGAGCCACCUCCACAGCCACUCAGAGGAUGGAAGUACUUGACUCUCCUUUGGUCUUAA